AUAAAAUUGACACAUAUUGUUGGCCAACCAACUAGAAACUCCUCAUUUUCAUUUUUUUCUCUCCUAAUCUCAACCAAAUCACUUUCUUGAAAAAUUUAUGGAAACAAGAUUGUCCAUAUUCCAUUGUGUGGAUGCUUCUACUUUUCUUCUUCUUCCUGCAAGUAAAUGUAAAAAAAAAGUCGGAGUUUAGAGCAUAUUUGUCAUUUCACCGACAGUGGAACUGUGGAAGCAAGGGAUCUUUAGUAGUACUAAAGAACAAAGAUAAGAAUUUUCAGGAAAACUAAUUGUUAGGGUUUACUUUUCUUGAAACCCCAUUAUCAGUUUUGGUAUUUUGGUGAUUUUUUAUGGCAAUUUUAACAUAAAAACAUGAUAAAAGAAGGAUCUUGAUGUUAGCAACCCUUUCAUCUUGUUUUGUUUCAGUGGUAAGCUGUAAGAAGUACUGGUUCAAAUCCCCGUGGUCCUAACCCUUUUUCGGACCUGUGCAUAGUGGGAAUUUAGUGUACCGGACUGUUUUUUUAUUUUAUUUUUGGAGAAGAUGGCAGGUGGUAAGAUGAAAAUAAGUUUUAGUAAGAUAUAUAGUUUUUCGUGCAUGAGGUGUUCAUUUAAAGAGGAACAUAGUCAAGUUGGGAAGAGGGGUUUUUCAAGGAUCGUGUAUUGUAAUGAUCCUGAUAACCCAGAACAGGUCCAACUAAAUUAUAGGGGGAAUUAUGUUUCUACUACAAAGUACACAGCAGUUAAUUUCAUACCCAAAUCAUUGUUUGAGCAAUUUAGAAGGGUUGCAAAUAUAUACUUUUUUGUAGUUGCUUGUGUUUCAUUUAGUCCUCUAGCUCCCUAUACAGCCAGCAGCAUUUUAGCGCCUUUAUUGGUUGUGAUUGGGGCAACAAUGGCAAAAGAAGGGAUCGAAGAUUGGAGGCGCAAAAGGCAGGAUAUUGAGGCCAAUAACCGGAAAGUAAACGUAUACACUGAAAAUCAUACUUUCCAAGAGACUAGAUGGAGAAGUUUACGAGUUGGUGACCUUAUUAAGGUUUACAAGGAUGAAUAUUUCCCCACUGAUCUGCUUUUGAUUUCAUCAAGCUAUGAGGAUGGGAUAUGUUAUGUUGAAACCUCCAAUCUUGAUGGAGAGACUAACCUUAAGGUGAAGCAUGCAUUAAAUAUCACAUCCUCCCUGCACGACGACGGUUCUUUUCAAAAUUUUAAAGCUGUUGUUAAGUGUGAAGAUCCAAAUGAAGAUCUUUAUACAUUCAUUGGAACUCUGCAUUAUGAUAAUCAGCAGAAUCCUCUUUCAGUGCAGCAGAUACUUCUGCGAGGUUCCAAGCUACGGAAUACUGAUUAUGUUUAUGGUGUGGCCAUUUUUACUGGUCAUGACACAAAAGUCAUGCAGAAUUCUACGGAUCCUCCUUCUAAGAGGAGUGGAAUUGAGAAACGGAUGGAUAAAAUAAUAUAUGUUCUUUUUGGUACCUUGAUUACAAUAGCUUUUAUUGGAUCUAUCUUUUUCGGGAUUGAAACUAAAAAUGACAUUUCUGGUGGGAAACUAAGGAGGUGGUAUCUUCGACCAGACAAGACAAGUGUGUUUUAUGAUCCCAAAAGAGCUUCACUGGCUGCAUUUUUCCAUUUCCUGACAGCCCUUAUGUUGUAUGGUUACUUGAUUCCUAUUUCACUAUAUGUGUCUAUUGAAAUUGUGAAGGUUUUACAGAGCAUAUUCAUCAACCAAGAUAGGGAGAUGUACUACAAGGAAACAGAUAAGCCAGCUCAUGCAAGAACAUCUAAUCUGAAUGAGGAACUUGGGCAGGUUGACACUAUACUCUCUGACAAAACAGGCACCUUAACAUGCAACUCCAUGGAGUUUGUUAAAUGUUCAAUAGCAGGUGUUGCGUAUGGACGUGUUGUGACAGAGGUAGAGAGGGCCCUGGCAAAGCAAAAACGAAAUGGAGCACAGGAAGUAGGUGAUACUUCCAAUGACGUGAAGGAAUCAAGUGACCCCGUUGUUAACUUGGAGAAAUCUAUUAAAGGAUUCAACUUCAAAGAUGAGCGUAUAAUGAAUGGUCAAUGGGUCCAUGAGCCUCAUCGAGACAUGAUACAAAAGUUUUUUAGAGUGCUGGCAAUCUGUCACACUGUUAUUCCUGACGUGAACAAAAAAACAGGUGAGAUCUCCUAUGAAGCAGAGUCACCAGAUGAAUCUGCCUUUGUCAUUGCAGCAAGGGAACUUGGGUUUCAGUUCUUUGAAAGAACACAAAGCAGAAUUAUACUGCAUGAGUUGGAUCAUCAGAGUGGCAAGAUGGUUGACAGAUCAUAUCAGCUCCUUCAUGUCUUAGAGUUCAGUAGUUUGCGGAAGAGAAUGUCUGUAAUUGUAAAAAAUGCUGAGAACCAGUUGUUGCUCCUCUGCAAAGGUGCAGACAGUGUGAUGUUCGAACGGCUUUCAAAAGAUGGGCCGGUCUUUGAGGGUAUAACAAGGGAACAUCUUAAACAAUAUGCUGAAGCAGGAUUGCGAACUCUUGUUGUAGCUUACCGUGAGCUUGAUGAGAAAGAGUUCCAAUCUUGGGAACAAGAGUUUUUGAAUGCCCAAGCUUCUGUAACGGCAGAUAGAGAUGCUUUGGUGGAUGCUACUGCUCAGAAGAUCGAAAGGGACUUAAUUCUACUUGGUGUUACAGCUGUUGAGGACAAACUUCAAAAAGGGGUCCCAGAAUGCAUUGAUAAACUUGCCAAAGCUGGGAUUAAGAUUUGGGUCUUAACUGGUGAUAAGAUGGAAACAGCUAUCAAUAUUGGGUAUGCUUGUAGUUUAUUAAGACCAGAUAUGACGCAAAUCAUAAUUACUUUAGAUUCUCAAGACAUAUUGGACUUGGAAAACCAAGGAAACAAGGAGACUAUAGCAAAGGCUUCACAUGAUAGCAUUACAAAGCAAAUAAGGGAGGGAAUGUCACAAGUAAGCUCAAACAGAGAAAUUACUGCAUCAUUUGGUUUGAUCAUUGAUGGCAAAUCAUUGUCAUUUGCUCUUGACAAAAAACUAGAAAAAUCAUUCUUGGAGCUUGCAAUAAAUUGUGCAUCUGUUAUUUGCUGCCGCUCCACUCCUAAACAAAAAGCUCUUGUUACCAGAUUGGUGAAAGUCGAAACACACCACACUACAUUAGCAAUUGGGGAUGGGGCAAAUGAUGUAAGCAUGCUGCAAGAGGCUGAUGUUGGGGUUGGCAUAAGUGGUGUUGAAGGAAUGCAGGCUGUCAUGUCAAGUGAUUAUGCAAUUGCUCAAUUCCGUUUUCUUGAGCGCUUGUUAUUGGUCCAUGGCCACUGGUGCUACAGGAGAAUAGCGAUGAUGCUAUGCUACUUCUUUUACAAGAACAUCACCUUUGGGUUGACUCUUUUCUGGUUCGAGGGCUUCGCUUCUUUCUCUGGACGACCUGCUUAUAAUGACUGGUAUAUGUCAUUAUAUAAUGUGUUUUUCACAUCACUUCCUGUCAUUGCUCUCGGUGUCUUUGAUCAGGAUGUUUCUGCACGCCUAUGUCUCGAGUUUCCUAAGCUCUAUGAAGAGGGAACGAAGAACAUUCUCUUCAGUUGGCGCCGCAUUUUAGGUUGGAUGUUGAACGGUGUUAUCUGUUCUAUGAUCAUCUUCUUUGGCACCACCAAUUCACUCGGGCAUCACGUAUUCCGGGAAGAUGGUCAACCAGUUGACUAUGGAGUCCUCGGAGUGAUGAUGUACACGUGUGUGGUGUGGACAGUCAAUUGUCAAAUGGCAAUAUCUAUCAACUACUUCACUUGGAUUCAGCAUGUUUUCAUUUGGGGCAGCAUCGCCAUUUGGUACGUGUUUUUAGUUGUUUAUGGCUCUCUUUCGCCUAUAAUAUCUACAACGGCGUACAAAAUUCUCGUGGAAGCUUGUGCUCCGAGUCCAUUCUAUUGGCUGGUCACCCUUGUGGUCGUCGUUGCCACUUUGUUUCCAUACGUUAUGUACAGGGCAUUCCAAACAGAGUUCCAUCCUAUGUACCAUGAUCAGAUUCAACGGAAACGAUUCGAAAGUUUAAACAGUGAGAGACUGCUGAGGAGUCCAGUGGUCCGAGGCAAACAAAAGAUACAUCUUUAAGAAUAGUUUUGUAGCUUGUCACAUAACAUGAAUGAAUGUUUAAUAUAUGUAUAAAGUUAAUAACUUGUGUAAAGUAGACAUAUAGGUAGCGUUUGGCCCCUAGUAUUUUUUGGGAAAAAAUUGAAAAAUAUUUGAAAACUUGUGUUUGUCCAUACAAUUUGACA